GGGUUUAAUCUUCUUUGUUUGUUUGGUUUUUUAUUUUAGUUCUCCUCUUCUUGCUAUCAGAAUGCCGAAUCGGAAUAGAAGAAAUAAAAGAAAGAAAAACAAGAACAAAAGGAGGGCAAGGGGCGUGGAAUCUUCCACUCCGUCGUCUUCUACACCUUCGUCGGAACACCUUGACGAUACGCGGCAGUUGCUCCAAGGUGGUGCAUGUGGUUCAAGCAGGAGCGGCGAAUCAACAAGUACCGAGUGUCAUAAAGGAGACGAAAAUAAGCCUGAAUCGGAGAGACGAUCGCCUUGUCGAAACCUAGAUGCCACUUCCUCAAGAAAUCGGUCUGACAACUCGCCUUGUCUAGAGCAUCUUGAUGUUCCAGAGCAAGCAAGUGGCGGUCCAAUCAGCCCUUCAAAAAGGUCCUCUUUAGACAAAUUUAUGGGAUUUUUUUCGCAUAAAAAAUCGCCAAAUCGCUCUCGCACUCCAGAACGUAGUGGCAAGGACAACAGUAACCGCGAGUCGGGAUGCCCAGAGAUUAUGGAAUUCAAAGCAGAAGCAAAAGACCAAUCUCGGAAAGGUAAGGCAUCGGUAAAACCAAACGAGUCGGAGCUAUUUUCAAGACAUGCCUCCCCCGUCCCUUUAAUGAAAGAAGACGGUUCGCAGUCUUUUAGUUCAUCAAAUCCUGGUGUUAAGGAACGCUCCGGAAACGUUCCUGAAUGUGAACAGCACCAUCUUGCUGUUCCAGGUCAAGAAAGGGAAGUUGGUCCAAAGAGCCCUACAAAAAUGUCCCUUUUUCAACAGUUGAAAACGAAGUUAUCUCCGAAGAAAAAGUCUCCUCAUCUAUGCAAUUGUACGGAUAAAAACAAUCACGAGUCUGAUUGUACGGAACGGAACAAAGAUAAAUCUCCUAAAACAAGUCCAAACAAAUCCGAGUCUCCUGGCAAUGUUUCACAGCAACGACAAUAUAGUGAAGAUAGCAAUACAACGUCGGGAAGUUCCCGGCCUUCUUACACAAAGGCGUCCGGUGCUUCAGUUCCCAGUUCUAAAUAUAGCCCUGCUCCAAAUAGAAGUAUUCUUACUUCGGGAUACGCGUCGGGUGAUACGAGUCCGAACAGAUCUGAUAGCCAAGCGUCACCUAGCAAUCCCACAGACUACGACCCAGGGGAAGGAACUUCCAAGGGUUCAGCAGUGGACAGGCAUAGCAGUGGAGGAUUUAGCACCUUUCGGAGACUUCUCCGUAGAAGUCUUGGAUCUUAUAAAGUAGAGUACCAUCGGGAAGAUUUGGUGUCUUUAAUUCAAAACAUGGAUUAUGAUUCCGAAGAAGAUGAAGGUAUGAAUCAACAGCGUGUCAUUCGAAGGUGUAGAUCAAAAUCUUUUUUGUCUGAGUAUUCAAUUAGAUUGACACGCCGUCGUAGUCCAAGUCCUCGUCCUCGUCGAACUGAAGAUCCUCUAGAUCGCGUAAAGAACGAAUUGCAUGCUAUCCGGACAGAAUUGCACAAUAGAAUCGGGCCCUACGCAACUGAAAGUAGGGAGGAACGGGAAGCUAAGGACAGAGAGAUCUUAAAUGAGAGAGCGCGAACCAGCACCACCCCCACUGCCAGACGGUACAAGUCUGCAUCCCCCCAUCCACUAGAAAGAUGCCAGUGCGAACAUAGUUAUUUACACGAUAUUGGUUGCUCAAGACAAGUAUUGGCAAGACAGAGGAGGAAACUGAAAAGAUGUAGACAAGAUGUGCCUCGUUAAGUUUUUUACAGGUACCUAGAUUUUUGUGAAAGUUGAUGACAUUUCACAAACUCGAAGUAUACAAUUGUAUACGUAUCUGGAUUUUAAUGACAGCCAUGCUCCUCUUGCAUGCCAUGGCUCCAUGUUUUAUCUGCAUAAAGUGAAACUUUUUUAACCUAUGCCUGUCAAAUAAACCAUUACAUUUUUA